AUGGCGUUACCAGCCGGAAGACGGAAAGCUACAAAUGUUAAUUCGCUUACAGCUCUUGUUGAAUUUGAAGCAAUGCAUUUGGCAAAAGAUUUCAAUGCUGUUUGCGAGAAUGAAUUUCCCGCUCGUACAAUUGCUGAACAUUUGACACGCGCAAAUUGUUCAAUGGAACCAUUGGAUAUGCAACGACGAAAGAAUAUGCUAUUAGCAACAAAAGCAACAUUAGCUGAAUUAAAAGAAUUAUUAAGUAAUGAUCGAAGUCCAAUAUGUUCAUCAAGACCACAACCAAUCUUGGAACCAAUUGUGCAAAGUCGAUUAACACAUUUCUCAAUGGUUACUCAUGGAUUUGGUUCACCUGCUGUAUUAGCUGCAAUUAAUGCAAUUAUGAAUUGGUUAAAUGAAUCGGUCAAAUUGCUUGAUACCAAAUGA